AGGCGCAGCGGCGACGGCGGCAGCAGCGGCGGCGGCGGCCCCGGCCGAGGUGCGCGCUGGUGGGGAGGGGGGGCCUGAGAGGAGCAUGAAUGGAGCAAAAUGGCGGAUCAUGUGCAGAGCCUGGCCCAACUAGAGAAUCUGUGCAAACAGUUGUAUGAAACAACAGAUACAACCACUCGACUGCAGGCAGAGAAAGCCUUGGUUGAAUUCACCAACAGCCCUGAUUGCCUGAGCAAGUGCCAGCUGCUCCUCGAGAGAGGAAGUUCGUCCUACUCCCAGCUGCUGGCAGCUACAUGCCUUACCAAGCUCGUGUCUCGGACAAACAACCCCUUGCCACUGGAGCAGCGGAUAGAUAUCCGGAACUAUGUGCUCAACUACCUUGCCACUCGGCCAAAGUUGGCAACUUUCGUGACUCAAGCCCUCAUCCAGCUGUAUGCCAGGAUCACAAAGCUGGGCUGGUUUGACUGCCAGAAGGAUGACUAUGUCUUCAGAAACGCAAUCACAGACGUCACAAGGUUCCUGCAGGACAGUGUUGAAUACUGCAUCAUUGGCGUCACAAUUUUAUCUCAGCUCACCAAUGAAAUUAAUCAAGCAGACACAACUCAUCCUUUAACCAAACACAGAAAAAUAGCCUCUUCUUUCCGAGACUCAUCACUGUUUGAUAUCUUCACACUUUCCUGCAAUUUACUAAAACAGGCAUCAGGAAAGAAUCUGAACUUGAAUGAUGAAAGUCAGCAUGGCUUGCUAAUGCAACUGCUCAAACUCACCCACAACUGUCUGAACUUUGAUUUUAUCGGCACAUCUACUGAUGAGUCCUCAGACGACCUGUGUACAGUGCAGAUCCCCACCAGCUGGAGAUCAGCAUUCUUAGAUUCUUCGACUCUGCAGCUGUUUUUUGACCUGUAUCAUUCCAUUCCUCCCUCGUUCUCACCUUUGGUAUUGUCCUGCUUAGUACAGAUUGCCUCAGUCCGGAGAUCCCUAUUUAACAAUGCUGAGAGGGCCAAGUUUCUCUCUCAUCUUGUUGAUGGUGUUAAACGAAUACUGGAAAAUCCACAGAGUUUAUCAGACCCAAACAAUUACCAUGAGUUCUGCAGACUACUGGCUCGGUUAAAGAGUAACUACCAACUGGGAGAACUGGUAAAAGUGGAAAACUACCCUGAUGUUAUCCGAUUGAUAGCCAACUUCACAGUGACCAGCCUACAGCACUGGGAAUUUGCCCCAAAUAGUGUGCACUAUCUCCUGAGCCUAUGGCAGCGGCUGGCAGCCUCUGUACCAUAUGUCAAAGCCACAGAGCCCCAUAUGCUGGAAACAUAUACUCCUGAGGUUACCAAAGCCUAUAUCACAUCCCGCUUGGAAUCUGUGCACAUCAUUCUGAGGGAUGGCCUGGAAGAUCCCCUGGAAGAUACAGGUCUGGUCCAGCAACAGCUGGACCAGCUGUCCACCAUCGGGCGUUGUGAGUAUGAGAAGACAUGCGCGCUCCUUGUGCAGCUAUUUGACCAGUCGGCCCAGUCGUACCAAGAACUGCUGCAGAGUGCCAGUGCCAGCCCAAUGGACAUUGCAGUGCAGGAGGGACGACUGACGUGGUUAGUCUAUAUCAUUGGAGCUGUGAUUGGUGGCCGAGUUUCUUUUGCCAGCACUGAUGAGCAAGAUGCAAUGGAUGGUGAGCUUGUCUGUCGGGUGCUCCAGCUUAUGAACCUGACAGAUUCCCGCUUGGCUCAGGCUGGUAAUGAGAAGCUUGAAUUGGCCAUGCUGAGUUUUUUUGAGCAGUUUCGUAAGAUCUACAUUGGGGAUCAGGUGCAGAAAUCCUCAAAGCUGUACCGCCGACUCUCAGAAGUUCUGGGAUUGAAUGACGAGACGAUGGUGCUGAGUGUCUUCAUAGGAAAAGUCAUCACCAACUUGAAGUACUGGGGUCGUUGUGAGCCAAUCACCUCCAAGACACUGCAGCUCCUCAAUGACCUCUCCAUCGGAUACAGUAGCGUAAGGAAGUUAGUGAAGCUUAGCGCUGUACAGUUCAUGCUGAACAAUCACACGAGCGAGCACUUUUCAUUUUUGGGUAUUAACAAUCAGUCCAACCUGACAGACAUGCGGUGUCGGACUACCUUCUACACAGCACUUGGGCGUCUCCUCAUGGUGGAUUUAGGAGAGGAUGAAGAUCAGUAUGAACAAUUCAUGCUUCCUCUAACAGCAGCGUUUGAGGCUGUGGCCCAGAUGUUCAGCACUAACAGCUUCAAUGAACAGGAGGCAAAGAGAACUCUGGUUGGCCUAGUGAGAGACCUGAGAGGGAUAGCCUUUGCCUUCAAUGCCAAGACCAGUUUCAUGAUGCUCUUCGAAUGGAUAUACCCCUCCUACAUGCCAAUUCUCCAGCGGGCAAUUGAGCUCUGGUACCAUGACCCAGCCUGUACCACUCCUGUGCUCAAGCUGAUGGCUGAAUUAGUUCAUAACAGAUCUCAGCGACUCCAAUUUGAUGUUUCAUCUCCCAAUGGUAUCUUACUUUUCCGAGAAACCAGCAAGAUGAUAACAAUGUAUGGCAAUCGCAUCCUGACACUAGGAGAGGUGCCAAAGGAUCAGGUCUAUGCUUUGAAGCUCAAGGGUAUCUCCAUCUGCUUCUCCAUGCUGAAGGCUGCCCUCAGUGGGAGUUAUGUCAACUUUGGGGUCUUCCGUCUCUAUGGAGAUGAUGCCUUGGAAAAUGCCCUACAGACCUUCAUCAAACUACUCCUCUCUAUUCCUCAUAGUGACCUCCUGGAUUACCCCAAGCUCAGCCAGUCUUACUACUCACUACUGGAAGUCCUGACCCAGGACCAUAUGAACUUUAUUGCAAGCCUGGAACCUCAUGUCAUCAUGUACAUCCUCUCUUCUAUUUCUGAAGGACUUACUGCACUUGACACCAUGGUAUGCACGGGCUGCUGUUCCUGCCUAGACCAUAUUGUGACGUAUCUCUUCAAACAGCUGUCACGGAGCACCAAGAAAAGGACAACACCCCUGAACCGGGAGAGUGACUGCUUUCUGCAUAUCAUGCAGCAGCAUCCAGCUAUGAUCCAGCAGAUGCUGUCCACGGUGCUGAACAUCAUUAUCUUUGAAGAUUGUAGGAAUCAGUGGUCUAUGUCUCGACCCCUGCUUGGCUUAAUACUGCUUAAUGAAAAGUAUUUUUCUGACCUAAGAAACAGCAUCGUCAAUAGCCAACCACCAGAGAAACAGCAGGCCAUGCAUCUGUGUUUUGAAAAUUUGAUGGAAGGCAUUGAACGGAAUCUUCUGACGAAAAACAGAGACAGGUUCACCCAGAACCUGUCAGCAUUCCGUCGAGAGGUCAACGACUCAAUGAAGAAUUCCACUUAUGGAGUGAAUAGCAAUGACAUGAUGAGCUGACAACUCUCGGACUCUACCUUGCAGAGCAGCGUCCCUUUGGUCUGGUCCAGAGGGUGAACAGUUGCAAGGGAGAGAGCCUGGCUGAUCCCGGCUCCUUCCUCCAGGGGUAUGGGGGAAAUGGCAAAAGUCAACCAGCUAUUUCCCCAGAAAGUACGGGGAAGUACGGGGUGUGCGUGCACUCACUGAGGGACAGGGCACUGCUGGUUCCUGGGGGACUGGGGUGGGAAGGGGUGGUGGGAGGAGACAGACGCACAGGCAUCUGAGCCUCCGGCCGCUCCUGGGGUCACCGUGCAGGGAGAGCCCGGCGCCCUGCCGCAGCCUGCCUUGUAUAAACAUGUACAUUUUUUCAUAACGUUUUCAACAAGGUUUAUAUUGACUCAAGUUUAAAAACAAAAGUGUGACUGAAAACUUUUUACAGAGUCUAGUGCACCAAUGCUGACGUGAGGGGUGAUGUAUGGCGAGUGAAGAAAAUGUGCAUUGUGGUGGCCUGAAGCUUUAUUGGACAAGGAUGUGUGAAAGUGCAGAGAUAUAUUUAGUGACACAGUGUAGAGAGGCAAAAAAGGAAAAAACUCCAAAUGUAUAUUUUUUCUUACUGCCCUUUCCCUCCCCACCCCCACUGAUGCGUUCCUGAUGCUGUAUUAACCUUGUUAUUAGGAACUCUGAGCCAUGCGGGAGCACCACCCUCCCCAUCCAUGGAUGCUGCCCUGGGCCCCCCAGCCUCCUGCAGUGACAGAUAACUCCAGCUAAAGUCUCUGGUGUUCUUAUCUCCAUCCUUUCUCCCAUUUUACUUAACCCUCAUCCUCAGAAAGAUGCCUCUUGCUAUUAAAAGUCGGAUUUAUGUUUUAGGAUUCUUGGUCUCUAUAGGGAGACGACAGAGAAUUGAGCCAUUUGCUCUCUUGUUGAGCAAUUUGCAUGAGUCCACCAGAGGCCUAAUAUGUGUGGCCAUAACUUUUGUCUUCCCCAGCCUUUGAGGCAGUGUGUGUGGAUGUGUGUGGAUAUUUAUGUGUGUACCCUGCACUCAUGAAUGUAUGAACUGGAGGAAGUUACUACAGGGGAGGGCUCUCAAUAACAAGGUCUACCUAGCAUGAAGUAUUUAACAUUCUCCCUUGAAAAAUAUACAUUUUUAUAAAAUAAAAACCAUAAUAAAUGUUUUGAAUAUUAAAAAAGAAAAGUGAACCUACAGAGGAACAUUGGAUGGAGAAAACUCUUUGCCUUGUACUUUCCCACAACUGCUGCUAGUUAUAUACAUCUCUAGUACAGCUCUUACCCAUGGGACAUUACCAAUUAGGUUUUAUUUUUAUUUUCCUCAAUCCUCACAAACAAGCUUAUUAAUUUUCCUUCUCCUCUGGCGACUGUGUGGUGAAUCUUUUCUUGCGUGAUCAGGUUGCGGAUAGACUUGUAAGGGUGUUUGCUGCAUACAGUGUAAGCAUUGUGACCGCCAAUAAACUUCGAUGGUUUCUACUGACCUGGUUUCAGCAGUCACGUGUAGUGUGUUCAGGGAUGUGUCUCACUGUCAACACAUGGAGAUAUUUAGACAAACAUGCUUUUUUUUUUUUUAAGCCAGUAGGUGCAGAAGUCCCUGUGUCUUGUAAAACUAACGCAGACUGUGUCUGCCUCAGCUCUUCUGACUGGUUCAGCUCACAUACUUAUAGCAUAAUGUUCUCCAGAGUUGUCAAAAUGAAGACAGUCUACCUCUUUCCAGGUAAUAAAGUGGCGACCUACAUAUAAGCAGUAGCUGAAGAAAGGCCCAUUGGGUUAGUCCUUACACCUGCCUCUCUGAUACAGGCUGGGCUUCAUUUAUUAGGCCUUGACAAGGUCAGUGGCAAAUGUUUUCCCCUGGAAUAGAAUGUAUAGGCCAAAUGAAGCAAAUAAUGAAGACUAGUUUCUGUGAUUUAUGGCCCUGUACUGCACAGUGCUUUGAUUACGAGGGAGCCCAUGGCUAAGACCAUUGAAAAGCAGGAACAAUAUAGGGCAGUUGUGGGUAUCUUACCUGCAAGGGCCCAAGAGCCAAUCCUGAAUUCCUUCUUAGGAGUCCUAGAAAAACCAUCCUGGCACAUGCUCAGGAGAACCUGGGAUACUAAUUCUGAAGUAAAUAAGACAAAGGGACUAGGAAGCUGUCUCACAAACACUAGAAAAACCUUGAAGUAACAGCUGGUCAACAAAACCCCAGUGUCCUUCCCUCUCUCCUACGGAAGAGACACUAGGGAUGAUAGUACCUUUGGUCAGUCACGGCACAGUGCUUAAGCUUGAGAUCUUCCACGGCCCCAAGCUGUGUAAGACUCCGCUGACAAAGGUUUGCCCUGACAUAGUAGUGCAUGCCUUUAGCCCCAGCAAUUGGGAAGCAAAGAUUGGCAAAUUGAAGUUUGAGGUCAGGUAGGACUACAAAGAAACCAUGGAUGGGGAGAGAGAGAAGGGAAGGUUUUUAGGAUUUGGGAAAUGAAAACAGGAUUAGUUCAAUAUAUACCUUGGCUACACAACAAAGCCAUUCUGGACUACAUGGGACCCCACCCCAAACACACAUUACUAAUUUCAUAAAAUUUAACCUAAUACGAAAUUCAGUUAUUUUUCUUUUUACCUUUUUAUUUUGUUAUUUUUUUUAUAGUCCAGUCAUUAUCUCCCUCCCUUUCUGCCCUCCCACAAUUCCUCAUCCCAUUCCUCCCCCCACCCCUCUGAAAGGAUGUCCCCACACACCCCUAUACUCCACCAGGCCUUCCCAUUCCCUGGGGCCUCAAGUAUUAGGUGCAUCUUCUCUCAUUGAGACCAGACCAGGCAGUCCUCUCCUGUAUAUGUGUCAGGGGACUUGGACCAGCUAGUGUAUGCUGCCUGGUUAGUGGCUCAAUGUCAGAUCUCACUGGGGAGGGGUUCCAGGUUUGUUGAGACUACUGGCCCUCCCAUGGGCUCUUCAGACCAUUGGUCAGGUGUAAGUAUCUGCUUCUGUCUCAGUCAGCUGCUGGUAGAGCAUCUCAGAGGGCAGCUGUGCUAUAUAUAGACUCCUGUUAUGCAUGUCCUUUUGGGUCUGAGAUGCCUCACUCUUGGUGAUAUUUUCUAGUUCCAUCCAUUUGCCUGCAAAACUCAUGAUGUCUUCGUCCUUGAUAGCUGAAUAGCAUUCCAUUGUGUAAAUGAACCACAUUAUCUGUAUUCAUUCUUCCGUUGUGGGACAUCUAGGUUGUUCCCAGCUUCUGGCUAUCACAAAUAAGGCCACCAUGGUCGAGUACAUGCCCAAGAGUAGUAUAGCUGGGUCUUCAGGUAGAUCUAUUUCCAAUUUUCUGAGGAACCUCCAGAUUGACUUCCAGAGUGGUUGUACCAUUUUGCAAUCCCACCAGCAAUGGAGGAGUGCUCCUCUUUCUCUACAUUCUUGCCAACAUGUGAUGUCACCUUAGUUUUUGACCUUAGCUAAUCUGGUCGGUAUAAGGUGGUAUCUCAGGGUCAUUUUGAUUUGUAUUUCCCUGAUCAGUAAGGACUCUGAACAUUCAAGUGCUUCUCAGUCAUUUGAGAUUCCUCUGUUAUGAAUUCUCUGUUUAGUUGUAUACCCCAUUUUUUUCUAUUGGGUUGUUUGGUUUUUUUUUGGAGGUUAGCUUCUUGAGUUCUUUAUAUAUUUUGGAUAUUAGCGCUCUAUCAGAUGUGGGGUUAGGGAUGAAUUUUUUUCCAAUCUGUAGGUUGCCGGAAAUCCUAUACCUUCCUCUUUUCUCAGAUGUCAUGGAAAGGUGUAUGUUGUGGUUAUCUGUGCUGUUCCUGGACACAAGUGUUUCAUCUACACAGUGAUAUCUGGAAUAAGCUACACUGAACCCUAAAUUCCCUUACUGAUGUUUAUUAAAUUUUAUUGUGUACUAUGUAUUUAUUAGCUUAACCCAAAUAAAGCUAAUAUUUUCCUACUA